GCCUUGCUCAGAACACUAUAACAUAGGGACGGAUGCUGUUUUACCAUGCAGUGGCUUUGCCAAGUGGCAGUGGGCUAUGACAAAAACUCUUGACCAAGCCACUGUGCAUGGUAAAACAUGUCGAAGUGGGUUGUGAUCUCAAACAUUUUAAUAGCGUGCGUGUCCUCUUGUUAUUAGGCGGAUGCUGCCGUUUCGCCUGAAUUAUAACAACCCAUUGAUAGUGUAUAGCCAGCUGGCAUACUUGUGACUACAGAUCACAUGAUUUAUAUGAGGGACACUGCUAAAGAUGAAGCACUUCAAGAGUUUAACAUCAAUGUACUGGUAAAUUUGCUGCGGCAGGAAAAUGGCAAAGAUUUGUGUGUGAUCAGAGUGCCCCCGGAGAUGAAAUACGUAGAAUAUUUUGUAAUUGUUGGUGGAACGUCGACCCGGCAUCUCCAGGCUAUGGCACAAUAUGUGUUGAAAGUGUAUAAGUUUCUAAAAGGAGAAAGUGAUCCCCAUGUUCACCUGGAGGGAAAAGACACAGAUGACUGGAUGUGUAUAGAUUUUGGGAAUAUUGUUGUUCAUUUCAUGCUGCCUGAAACCAGAGAGACCUAUGAAUUGGAGAAGUUAUGGACUUUGCGGUCACAUGAUGACCAGCUUUCUGAAAUGGCAGAUGAAGUUUUACCAUUGGAUUUUACUUUUGGACUGCAGCAGCCUAAAGACUGAGAUAGAUAGAUAGAGAUAUAUAAUAUAUAAUUAUAUAUCUCUAUCUAUUAUUUUUUUUUUUCGGCUUUACAUUUUUCUACUGACCGGGGCUGUGCUGUGAGGUUGUUUAACAUGGUGGAAGAAUAUUAAAUAAGAAAAUAAAAAGUAGGCUUCGGGCGACGCGUUGUAUGAAUUUUUUUUAUUUUUUUUUGUUUGUUUUUUAAUUUAUGAAGAAAUUCUCUGUAUAAGUGGUACUACUUUAGUAUAUCACUUAGUUAUAAGGUCCACAAUUUAUUGCCAAUUUUGUUCUUGAAUCAACUCAGAAGUCAGAGCUCUAUUUUCUAUUACAUCUUUUCACACCUAAAUUUACAGCUGCCUGCAGCCACCACUAGGGGAAGAUACAUGUAGACAUCUACUGUCGACCUCACAUGUUGUUGGCUAUGGUCACACCUAAAGCUACACUGUUUGUAGCAUACAUCAGCAGUGCAAUAUGCUGACAUAUACCAUGGAUUGCCCACUCAGGAUCCAUUUAACUGAAUGUAGUCUUACCUGCACUUUUAAAGGGGUAUUCCAGGAAAUCAACUGGAACAGAUUUGUAAAUUACUUCUAUUAAAAAUGUUUAAUCCUUCCAAUAAUUAUCAGCUGCUGAAGUUGAGUUGUUCUUUUCUGUCUGACAACAGUGUUCUUCAUUGUUCUUUUCUGUCUGGCAACAGCAAACAAGAGAUUUGCUAUGGGGAUUUACUUCUAUACUGGACAUUUCCAGAGACAGGUGUCAUCAGAGAGCACUUGGACAAAAAAAAAAAAACUCAUAGAUAUUCAAGUAUAAGGAUAUGACAAUAUUGCACAGUAAUUAAAUGUAAAAAAAAAUUCAAGUAUUAGGAUUUGGCAGUAUCACACAAUGUUGCAGCAUUCAAAUAUGCAGAUGGCAAUACAACAAACUCACAAUAGUUAAAUGCGGAUAUAUUAUGUGGAUAUAUUUGCAGGCUCAAGGCGGGUAUAAUUCCAAUAUGAUGUAGCUACAAAAUUGUAGCCCCAAAUCAAAACCCACCAUGUAAAACAAUUGCACACAUCCUCAUAGUAAACACACUUACAAGUGCUUAAUGGCUGGACGAUCACUCGCGUAUACCCCCCCCCCCCCCCCCAACGCAUUUCGCCAACCUGCUUUAUCUCCUGUUUCCCCUCCUAUGGGUUUUAAAUGUCUUGUGAUG